CAAAUCUCCGCGAACCAUCCAACGUACCUACAAUCUCCCUAUGCAUCAACCAUUGAAUCCAAAACACCCAAGAUUUUCAUACAAACCAAAACCUCAACAGAUCCAGGAGUAAAACGAGUCGGCUGGCCCGUGAAACCCCUGCCACAAGGGCGCCCGGAGCUCCGAGGUGCGAGAUAAUAUCUCGGAGGUGGAGAAGAGAGGGAGAGAGAGAGAGAGAGAGAGAGAGAGAAAGGGCGAGAGAGUGAGGGGUGUGUUGGUCGAGUCGGACUACUGCAAUGUCAUCCGGACCCUUCGAGGUCCCGAAUGCGAAGAGGGUACGGCGCGAUGAGCUGUACAGCUCGUCCUCUGAUGCCGGAAGUCACAGCCAGGGCGAUGACGCCGCUGCUAGAGAGGAGGAGGACAAGGAAGACGACGAGGUGCGGGCGAGGCUGAACGAGCGGCUCUCGAGGCUGCUGGGCCUCGACCUGUCUGCCCCGACGCCCGACCCCAGGCAGUCCUCAGAACCAGCAGUUGCUGAGGGACAGGCGCCGCCAGAGGAGGAGGAGAAACACGAGGAGGAAUUUGAGUUUCGGCUCUUCGCCACCUCUGCAAAGACCACUGCGCCGUCAAAGGUGGUCCUGGCUGCCUCUGAUGACGGGGAGGCAGAGCAGGGUGAAGGUGGGUUCACAGUGCCCCGGCGGCCCAUCGAGUACUAUGUGGCAGGGGAGCCGACGGCAGAGCAGCUGGAGAGGUAUCGCUGCUCGGCCCUGACGGGGGAUGAGAUCCUGCUGGGCGCGAGGAAACGGGCCUGGGGCCUGGAGAGGCCAUGGAGGGUCAUCAAGAUGGUGCGCCCCCUGGGGAAAGCCGCGAGAGGGGGUCUGAAUGAUGUGAAGAUCACAUCUAUCCAGCCUAUACAACAUGGUGUUGCAGAUGAAGACGACAAGGACGAACAAGGGCAGGCAGAGAAGAGCAAACGGCCUGGCAAGAAGCGGAGGAUAGCCAUGCGGAUCAGGAUCAAGGCCGAGAAGGAGAAGCGUGAGGCACAGGAGAAGCACAAGAUGUCUAAAGAGGAGCACUUGAUGGAGAAGAAGAAGAGGCUCAAUAGGGAGAAGAAAUUGAAACGCAGGGCCAAGGAGAGGGAAAGGAAGAUGGCUGCCAAGGGCCAGGAAGGAGGUUCAGCAGCAGCAGCAGCAGCAGCAGCAGCAGCAGCAGCAGACUCUGGCUCGGAGACUGGCUCAGAUGAAUAAAGGCCAUCAUAUG